GAGAAUUGCCCCUCUAAAGGCGGCGUCGACGUCAGAGAGGGACGCUGUUCACAUCAGCGGAUGCGCGCUCAGACACAAAGACACCUGGCUCCUGCUUAUUUGCAUCCUCUCGUGCUCCCUCUUCCUCCUCGUCUUGCUCCCAGCUCGGAGAGUAAACACUCCCACCCACAAAAAAGAAAAAAAAAAGAGAGGCAGCUGAAUCCCGUACUGAAUUUUGAUCCUUCUGAAAUUGUCUUCUUGUUGAAGCCACACCCUGAGCUCAUUUUUGUGGGGAUGUUUUUGUGAGUUUAUGCCACAGGUAAUCUUGCACACUUGACAGGAAGCACUUCUUAAAGGGAGAUGAAGAAAAUCUGGUCCAAGAAGAGAUUUCAGAGAACUGGGCACUCCACACGGACAUUUGGCAGAUUAACCCAUGGCAGAUCUUCUGGCAUUAUCUAAUCAGGAUCUGACUUGAUGUGAGGCGCAAUGAGGCACAACCUGUUUUGUGGUUGUCUUAGUCCUCCUCCUCCUCCUCCUCCUCCUCCUCCUCCUCUUCCUCCUCCUCCUCGAGCUCUCUCUAACCAGUAAACAUAUCCGUCAGCCACCCAGCAGCCUGGCUGACGAUUUUUAGACUCUUAAUGGGUACGAAGAGGAUUGGUCGUGUGGGUGAGAGGGAUGCUGGUUUCCAUAGUAACGGUGCUCUCCCGUCUGCCCUCUCUUGCUGCCACUAUGGAAGCGAAGUUUUCCGCUCCUGCCGAAAGCAAAGCUAUGACUCUGAGAACACAGAGGAUGAGACCACAGAACCUCAGAUGGAAACCAAAGAAGGGCUCGGGAGGCACCAGGACAAAGCCGGAAGGAGAGGACACCCAGGUGAGGGAGGAGGGAUGAUGGACUAUAACCCUGAUGCUCCUGAUCGCAGAGCCACCCUCCCCGGAGGCUAUGAUCCUGUGGUGGAGCGGGAGCUCCGCACUCUGGGUUCCCGUCCUCCAGGGUCCCACUUCGACCCCACAAACCCAUCCAGGAAACAAACUUCUACAAAAUCCUCCCAUCAUGCUUCUCUGUCUUCUGACCAGCCAACUCCCAGCACACACAAAAACAGCAGCAGUACCCCAAACCAAGACCUGCACAAAGCAAAACCUUCUGAUCCUCAAUCUUCUAAAACAGACCAAGCAUCAAGUGUGAACAGUGUUGUCAUGACACCAAAAAUGGCUCGAGCAGCACCCAAAAUCUUCGACAAAGUCCUUGCUUUUGAGGAGCGAAGGGCUAGCGUAGAUCUGCCAGGGGGAGUAUCAGGAUCGGGCCUUGGAAGAGCAAGUUCUUUUGACUCAGACGACAGCGGAAAGAAAGCUGGAGGCCUCAGCAAAGAGGAGGGUCGACUCCUGCAGGGGGUCGCCCAGAAGCGAGCGGCAUUCAAGCAACGGGCCUCGUCUUUAGAGGACAAGACUAGCUACUCCCAGAGGGUCCAGAGCUACCAGAGCAAGUUCGCAGAGGAGCUGCAGAGGAUCAAGAAACUGGUGGGGAAACCAAGCUUGAAGAAGGCGUAUUCCACUGAGCAGCUGUCUCAGAAAGAGAGGCUGACCACAGGGAAGCUGGAGCCUAUUCCUCCGCAAGUUGUGCAAAAGCUGGAGGCCCGGGAGCGUGCCCUGGGGGACACCAAAGACGAGGAACUACAGAAUUCCCAACAGGCCAAAGGCAAAGAUCUAGGAAAUCAAACCAUCCAGCCUGAAAAGGAGAAGAUGACACAGCCAAAUCUACCAGUGAAUAUCUCAUCACAAGGAAGCACAGGGAAAAUCUCUGUUACCAUGGAGACUGCACCAGAUAACCACCAGUUACCAGGGAAACCAUUGCCAACAGCUAAAAGGACAAGCAUCACCAGGGAAACUCUACAAAGAUCUCCGGCAGCUGACAAAGACGCACUUGUUGCAACGUCUCAUAAAUCCUCAUCCCCCAUUAGAGAUCUGGGGACUGGACCAAAGCGGGAAACCAAGUUGGACGACCACAGGUCGCCAAGCCCGAGUGGGAAGAGAGCGUCUCCAACUGUGAGGCAACCAGUGUCCCAGUAUCCACCUAAGCCACCCCGACUCACCCCUUCGCCCACUCCUUCCAUCAGCCCGCUCAUGAAAAGGAGGAAGGCGGAGGUGGGGCGGACGUCGCCGGCCUUGAAAAUGAACAUCCCCACGAUCCUGGUGGAGGAUGAGCCCAUGGAAACAGAGUGUGUCCCAGAAAGGAGCAGCGAGGGAAGAAGGACCAGGAGGAAGGAGGGGAGAGUCCACAACAAGAAAGGACGAUCGGUUCAACCAAGGAGUCCAGAGGAAGGAGGAUCAUCUGAUGACUCCUACCUGUCUGCUGAUGAAGAGCCCGCUGAGGCCCCAAGGUUUGAGAGGCCUCUUCAGGACACCAAGGCAAUCAGCGGUGCAGAGGUCACGCUGAGGUGCAUCAUCACAGGGAGCCCGCCCCCUACAGUGACAUGGAGGAAGAACAGCGUGGAGAUACGGAGCGAUGCCUUCCAUGCGGUGAAGUCUGAGGGUGAGCGGCACAGUCUGCUGAUAAAACACAUGAGGCCGAACAACGCCGGGUCGUACUGCGUCUCAGCUGUCAACCCAGCGGGCAGAGCGUCCUGCGGCGCCACCAUCUACAUCCAGUCAGAGCCGACCCACGUGCAAUGUGGGAAACUGGCCUCAGCAGUCAGAAGUCCCAUCCAGUCAGACGAGGAGUAUCUGAGCCCUCAGGAGGAGGAGGCCAUGGAGCUCGGGGAGCCACCCGCUCCCAUUAAAAGGGUCCACUUCACAGAACCUCCGUCCUUUCAGGUGGCACCGUGUGAUCAGAGUGUAACUGAAGGUCAAGAUGUUGUCAUCUCAGCGAGGAUCAGAGGGCAGCCCAAACCCAUGGUUUACUGGCUGAAGGACAGAGUCGCGGUGAAGACAGCGGGGCGCUUUGCCGUGCGGGAGCCGGGCGACAGCAGCAGCAGCAGUGAAAUGAGAAUCAGCUCUGCUCAGAGGUCAGACGCAGGACUCUACGUCUGCAAGAUCAUCAACGAGUACGGAUCCAAGCAGGCCGAGUGCAGAGUGGACGUCAAAGCUGGAGCACAAACAGCUCUGCAAAUCAUCCGGGAGGUAGAAGACAUGGCGGUGAGAGCUGGAGAGUCGGCCAUGUUUGAAUGUUACAUGAGCGGUCCUCCAGAUGUUGACGUGGACUGGCUGUCCAACGGGAAGCUGAUCCAGCCGGCGCUGCUCAACUGCAAGAUGCAUUUUGACGGCAAGAGGUGCCGUCUACUGCUAAACUCAGUGCACGAGGAUGAUAGUGGAACGUACACCUGCAAGCUGAGCACUGCCAAAGAGGAAUUAACGUCAAGCGCAAACCUGAGAGUGUCCCCGUCCAAGGAGCCUCUGUUCACCCGUAAACUGGACAUCCUGGAGGUCAUUGAAGGUCGCGUCGCCCGGUUUGACUGCAAGGUGAGCGGAUCACCGGCUCCGCGAGUCACAUGGAUGCACUUUGAGACGAGAGUGGAGGAGAGCGAUGACGUUUGCAUCCUUCAGGAGGGGGGCCGCCACUCGCUUGUCAUCACCCACGUGAGCGGCGACACAGAAGGCUUCUACACAGCCGUCGCACAGAACAUUCAUGGAAAGUCUGAAUGCACCGCUGAGCUCUACAUGCAAGAACCUCGAGCUGCCAUCGCCUCUCACUUGUCAAAGCUGGAGAAGAUGCCUUCCAUCCCCGAGGAGCCCGAGGUGCUUGAGAGCGAGGUGGAGAGGAGGACAAUGCCCGACUUUGUCAAACCUCUGGCUGACGCUGAGGUGAUCGAAAGCAAAGAGGUCAUGCUGAAAUGCAAAGUGUCUGGGCUUCCCUACCCGACCAUCGGCUGGUACCACAACGGGAAGCGAAUCGAGAGCAGCGAAGAACGCAAAAUGACCCAGCACAGGGAUGUCCACAGUUUGGUUAUUCGGAGCGCUUGUCACUCUCACGGGGGCGUCUACAAGGCCGUCAUCGCCAAUAAAGUGGGCAAAGCCGCCUGCUACGCACAUCUAUACGUCUCAGACAUCGUUCCUGACCCUCCUGAUGGUCCUCCAGUGAUCGAGGCUAUCACAGGGAAAACUAUAAGCCUCAGCUGGAAGAGACCAAAGAGGCUGGACACUUCAUGUGAUGCUGCCUCCUUACUCUAUGUGGUCCAGCAGCAGCCUCUGGGGUCGAUCCAGUGGUCUGUGGUGGCAUCAAACCUUAGAGAGACCAACUUCACCGUCACCUCGCUGUCCAAGGGAGUCCGCUACGCCUUCAGAGUUCUGACCUCUACCGGAAAGACAACGAGCAAACCCUCACCCUCGACUGACCUGGUCCAGCUGCUGGACAGAGGACCUUAUCUGAGAAAAGCCCCGAUCAUUACGGACAAACCUGACGUUGUUUAUGUGGUCGAGAACCAACCCGUGUGCAUCACCAUCACGCUGAACCACGUGCAUGCAGUCGUCGUCUGGAAAAGGAGAGGGGUGGUGUUGGUCAACAAACCGGGAGUGUGCGAGAUGAGCAUGCCGGACGACGACCAGCACACCCUCAAGCUUCAGCGAGUCAAGAUCACCGACAUCGGUCAGCUGGUGGUCACCGCCAGCAACCAGUUUGGCAGCGACCUCUGCACGCUGCAGCUGGCCAUGUCAGUGCCUCCAAAGUUUGAAUCCAUCAUGGAGGAUGUGGACGUGAGCGUUGGGGAGACGACCCGCCUCGCUGUUGAGGUUGAAGGGAAACCAGACCCUGAUAUUCUGUGGUACAAGGAUGACAUGAUUCUCACUGAGAGCAGCCACUUCACGUUUGUGUACGACGACCCCGAGUAUUCCCUCGUCGUCCUGAACGCCCGCCCUGAACACUCCGGUGUGUACACCUGCACCUCGAAGAACCUGGCCGGCUCCAACUCCUGCAAGGCUGAGCUCACAGUUCAUAAAGAGCGACAAGAAGCAGCCGAGCCAAUGGAGGACGAGGGAACCAUCCUGAGGAAGAUGAGGCGCUUGACGGAUUAUUAUGAUGUCCAUAAAGAGAUAGGGAGGGGAGUCUUUUCUUAUGUGAAGAGGGUGAAUCAGAAGAAGGGAAAGGCCGAGUUUGCUGCCAAGUUCAUCUCCGCUCGAGGGAAAAGGAAAGCUGUGGCCCUCAGAGAGAUGGAGCUGCUGUCUGAGCUGGACAACGAGAGGAUUCUCUAUUUCCAUGACGCCUUUGAGAAGAAGAACGUGGUGGUGCUCAUCACAGAGUUAUGUCACGAGGAGUUGCUGGAAAGGAUGGCCAAAAAAACAACAGUGAAGGAAGUGGAGAUCCGCAGUAGUGUGCAGCAGGUUCUCGAAGGCCUUCGUUAUCUUCACCAAAAAGACAUCGCCCACCUUGAUAUAAAGCCAGAAAAUAUUCUCAUGGCAAGUCCUGGGAGCGACCAAAUCCGCAUUUGUGACUUCGGUAAUGCAAUUAAACUGGAGAAGUCGGAGGAGUUUUACUGCAAAUGCGGCACACCAGAAUACGUCGCACCGGAGAUCGUGAAUCAAACUCCCGUCUCCACGGCAACAGACAUAUGGCCUGUUGGUGUCAUCACUUACCUCUGCUUGACUGGCGUGUCUCCUUUUGCUGGUGAGAACGACAGAGCGACUGCCUUAAACAUACGCAACUACAACGUGGCGUUUGAGGAGAGCAUGUUUUCCGACCUCUGCAAGGAAGCCAAGGGAUUUGUCAUCAAACUUUUGGUGGUGGACAGACUGAGGCCGAGUGCUGUCGAGUGCCUUCGUCAUCCUUGGUUCAAGUCACCAACGAACAAGAGCAUCAGCACAGCGAUGCUGAAGCAAGUUUUGUCUAGAAGGCGAUGGCAGCGCUCUCUUAUCAGCUACAAAUCCAAGAUGGUGAUGCGCACGAUCCCGGAGCUUUUGAAUGACUCAUCCAGCCACGUCUCCAUCGCUGUGGCACGGCACUUGAAAGAAGGAUCCCCUCCGCCCUCCUCCUCCUCAGACUCAGAUGCAGAUGUGGAUGAGCUCCCCUUUAUUCCUAUGCCCCUGUCCAUGGUCUUUUCCAGUUCUAGGGUCUCCCUUAAUGAGAUCCCGGGGGACGAAGACGCAACUAUGCGGCCCAACCUGGCUACAGAUGGGGCAAGGAGAAAGGACAACGUGGAGAUAUCAGGCACAAGAGGAGGGGCCGACAAAAGAGAAAACGAUGAGGAAGAAACUGCUAAUGAGGAGAAAAUGGAAAAGACAAAACGAGCUCCUCUUCAGAAAGGAUCAAGUGUGGAGUCUGAGGAUUCGCAGACAAAAACCCGGCGGGCGACUAUGAGACGAGGCAGCUCUGCUGAUUCAGCACUGCUCCUCCACAUCGACCCAGAAGAGGGAGAGUCAAAUAAAGAUUCUGAAGCAGGUAACAAGAGCCUGAAAAAAGCUGUUUCUAUGGAACUACCCAAUCGCAGCCCAAGCCCCGGAGCGGCACAAUUAAGCCAGGAGGAUUACGCCCUGAAACUGGAACUGAUGAGACAGCGGCUGCUCAGGGGAGGAAGCAGUGACAAAAAGAUGAGCGGUCUUCGAGGGCCUUUGUUUGAAACACUCGGCAUGGAAGAUGAGCGACGCACGGGGUCACUGGAUCGCAAUUUAAGGAAAUCUAGAACGGCAACCUCAACGCUCACGAGAGCAGCGUCCUCUGAGACUCCUGGUGAGGACAUGCCAAAGACCAAAGUGUUUCGUAAAAGCACCUCCUUCACUCAGGGCGAUUCUGAGCCCAUGCCCCUGCACCGCAGGUUCGGAGCCCCCUUAGAGAUCCCAUCAGCAGGCAAUGGUAGCAUCGAUGGGAAGAAGCUUCAAGAGGCGACCUCAAUGUCAGCACUAACAGAACAAAUAUCUCUAGAGUCUACCUCGCCUAUGAAUAGGACUUCCUUUAUAUUCCCAACAUCAGGAAGAUCGGACCAACAGAACAAUGAGAAGGGACUUGAGCACACACAAAGUAUGAGGGACGAGAUUACAGAAAAAAGGACCAAAAAUCAGUUAGAACAGGCAGACAAAAUAGAAUCAGAGUCUAGAUCCCCCUCUGUAGUUACGCCUAUAAUCGUUAUCGAGGAGGAUGACGAGGAAGAUGACAGGAAAGAGAAUCAGGAGUUACAUAUUGAUGAAAAAGUUAUGAAGGGAAACGAGGAAUUGGCACAAAAAAGCACGGCGUCAUCUGCGCAUGACGGUAACCUGCAAUCUCGAACAUCAGACAAAACCCAACCAAAACAACAAGCAAAUUCAAACGAUACAAAGUCUGCCGAUAACCCAACAUUGCCUGAACAUGCAGCAGUGUUCGCCAAAGUAGCAACAGGGGAGAGAUCUCCUGUUUCCACAUCAUCAAACCCUGAUCUCUCCGCCCUCCCCCGCCAGCCCGUGCUCCGAACAGACAUAAAAGACAUCGACUCGGAGGAGCUCUUUGAAGCUCGGUUUAAGAAGAGGGAGUCAUCCCUGACCCGCGGCCUUCGAAAACUGACCAGAAAUAAAUCAGAGGAAAAAUCACCUGUGCUCAGCCGAAAAGGAGUGGAGGGGGGCGAGGAGGUGUACAGGCCGGGGCCGAGGGGGGCUCCGCUUGAAAUGGUGUCCAGAGGACUGCAGGAGAAGUCCAAAUCUGUCCAGGAUCUAAGAGAAGAAGAUAAGGAAACGGGGCUCAGUCUGAUGGGGAGGUUUUCCCUGCGGAGUAAGAGGUCAACAUCUGUCGAUAAGAAGGGGGAGAAACCAAAGGAGGAAAAGCAACAGGAUGUGAAGGAAACUGCAGUUAGUAAGAGGGUUUCAUGGGCAAUUGGUCGCAGCAAGUCCCUGGAUACAAAGGAGCUGAGCAGUGCACAGAAGCAGCUGGAUGAAAAAGAACAAAGGAAAGCAGACGAGUCAUCGGUUUCUGCAAUGAGGAGAAAGUUUGAGUCCAAAGUGGCUGGAAUCUCUGCCAAAAUCAGGACCCAGUCAGAGGAGAGGAAGGAUAAAGACCCCGAGGGCAGUCAGAAGGAUCCGGCGCUCAAAGAUUUGACGAAAGUCUCGGACUCCCCUGUUAUGGCAAUGAAGAGCAAGUUUGAAAACAAAGUGGCAGGAAUUUCCAGCAAAAUCCGGAGUCAAUCUGAGGAGCGAAAAGAAGACACAGAAGGGAAGAGGACACCCCUGUUUGCUCGCCAUCGUCAUUCCCAAUCCGAGGGGCGUGGGCUCAAAGGAAUGGGCAUCCCCGAGAAUCAACUCGCCAAUCAAACCGGUGCUGGUGCAUCCAAAGAAUCAAUUGAAUCCACUUCGAGCAUCCAAUCUGAAAGUGACAGGCGAUCGAGGUGGGACAGGUGGGGUUUAUCGAGGGGUAAGAAAGACAAAACCCCUUCUCAAUCUGAUCUGCCGUCAUCCGUCCCCAAAGAGGAGGGCGUGUCCAAGAGCCAGCAGUUCGUCCGCUCUGCCUCGGAUUUCGCCCCCGUGUUUCACAUCAAACUGAAAGACCACGUCUUAUUGGAGGGGGAGCCCGUCACUCUGAGCUGCCUCCCAGCUGGAAGCCCACAUCCGGAAAUCACAUGGAUGAAAGAUCGCAAACCCCUCGAGGCGGAAGACCGACUCAGCCUCGUCUCCCACCCAGAUGGCCGUCAGCUUCUUAUGAUCAUGAAGUCCAGCCGGAGGGAUGCUGGAGUUUAUGAAUGUGUCGCUACCAACCCCAUAGCGACCAUCACCACCUCCUGCACGCUCUCCAUAGCCUGUGUCCCAAAACGGCCCGGGACCCCUGAAGUCCCCCAGACUUACAACAACACGGCCCUGGUGCUGUGGAAGCCCGCAGACACCAAGUCUCCAUGCAGCUACAACCUGGAGAGAAAGACAGAAGGUGAUUCUAAGUGGCUGACUGUAGCCACGGGGGUUGUCGACUGUUACUACAACGUCUCAGAUUUACCACCAGGGGGCACCUUUCGGUUCCGUGUCUGCUGCGUGAACAAGGCAGGACAGGGGCCACACAGCAGCAGCUCUGCUCCAGUCAGCCUGGACUCCACAGGUGGACGAGCUCCGCCUGCCGUAGCUGUUGUACAAACUGCUCCAGCUCCACCUGUUGUCACCUCCUCAGUGACUGUACCUCCUCUCAAACCAGUCCAGAGCAGCGCUCCGAGGACAACCGUCUCCACCAUCGCCUCCACCUCCACCUCUCCUACCCAUGCAGUCUCUCCUUCUGCUCCACCUGCAGGAGAAACAACCAGGGACGUCCAAAAAAUAAACCCCACUCUUCCCGUGUCACCCCCAGUCAAAGCUCCUCCUCCUUUUGUCCUCCCCAAACCACAGAGUCCUAUAAACGUGGUGUCUCCGAUGACCCAGACCCCACCUUUAUCCCUGCCUCCUCCUCUUGUGACGCCACCAGCAACUCCCCCCAAACCCACUGUGGCUUCUGUGCCUCAGUAUGUCCCAACCACCACCGUCACCGCUCGAGUGGCCCCGAGUCCUGUCUCCUUUACCCCACAAGUGCUGCAGAGCUCCAGCCUGAGCCCCAUCGCUGACGGGGCCAAUACCCCCACCAGAGCAACCCCAUCAGGACGAGCUACACCCUCCACUACUCUACGUCAGGGGGUGCCACAGAAACCGUACACUUUCUUAGACGAGAAAGCAAGGGGUCGUUUUGGAGUCAUACGAGAGUGCCGCGAGAACUUGACGGGCAAAAUCUACAUGGCUAAGAUCAUUCCCUACAGCCAGGAGGACAAACAGGGCAUCUUGAAGGAGUACGAGAUCCUGAAGUCGCUCCACAAUGAGAAGGUCAUGGCCCUGCACGAAGCCUAUGUGACGCCGCGCUACCUGGUGCUGGUGGCUGAGUACUGCACGGGCAAAGAGCUCCUGUACAGCCUCAUAGACCGAUUCCGAUACUCUGAGGACGACGUCGUUGGCUACUUAGUCCAGAUCCUGCAAGGGGUCGAGUACCUCCACAACCGCCGCGUCCUCCACCUGGACCUGAAGCCCGACAACAUCAUGGUGACCAACCUGAACGCCGUCAAGAUCGUGGACUUUGGCAGCGCUCAGAGCUUCAAUCCGCUCAGCCUCAAACAGAGAGAGUCAGGAGCAGGGACGCUGGAAUACAUGGCCCCUGAGAUGGUGAAAGGGGAAGUGGUCGGGCCUCCUGCAGACAUUUGGAGCGUUGGAGUCGUCACACACAUCAUGCUUGGUGGGCGGUCGCCCUUCGAAGAUAAAGACCCCGUCCAAGUGGAAUCCAAAAUCCUGAUGGCCAAGUUUGACCCCUCAAAACUCUACCCUAAUGUGUCCCAAAGUGCCUCUGCCUUUCUCAAGAAGAUGUUGAGCAGUUACCCAUGGGCUCGCCCGACGACGCGUGACUGCUUCGCCCAGGCCUGGCUGCAGGACUCGUACCUGAUGAAGCUGAGGAGGCAGACCCUCACCUUCACCUCCGGCCGCCUCAAAGAGUUCCUGGUGGAGCAACAAAGCCGCCGCGCAGAGGACGCCAUCAAGCACAAGGUGCUGCUGCGCACCUACCAGAGCUCACCCAAGUCUCCGGGCUCUGGGAGCACAUCGCAUGUCUCCGGCCCGAAGUGAAAACGCAGCGACGCACAUUUGUGUCGGAACUUUUUGCAUCUUAAGUCGUCUGUGAACCAACUGUGCAUGAAAACUGUCCGCCUGGGGAUGUGCAGACAGAUGGAAAAAGCAGAAAUAUCUAAGGAGAAAAGCAAGGGGAUUAGGUUUUAUUCUGGAUGACUUCAACAUUCAACACAAGUGGGAUUCAAAGAGGGAACCAGAACAUAAAGAGAAGCAGACACAGUAUCCUUUUUUUUAUGAAUGGAUGAAGUUCAGACCUGCCCGUUAUCCUCUGAAAGGACACAGGACGAUCUCUGGUUUUCUUUGAUUGCACAAUUUCUCUGCCACAUUGUGAGUUCUGAAAUUGCACAUUAGAGAACCGCUGGUCUCCACUCUGCACGAAUCAGCCUGGAACAUUAGCGUGCAUCAUUAGCAUUUCGACUCAUUUAUGUCCCUGAAUUUAGUAGUCAACAACUCACGUGAGUGUACCAUGACGAUUUAAGCUGCUAAUUUAUUUUUGCAUUUACUUCUUCAUUUUAAAAACCAAAAAUAGAUUGUUUACUUUUUCAUGUUAAUUUAUUUGCAUGUGUUUGCGCGCGUUAGCAUUUUAGAUCCACUUUUUGAAUACCAAUGGAAGGGGAGAAAAUCCAAACAAAAACAAGGAGAGUCUUUGUGAUCGGUGUUAGGAUUCAAGAAGUACUCAAUUUGAGGAUGAGCUCGGACUCUUUUGGUCUAACUUCUCGUUCUGUGGUUAAACUGAACCCUAAGUGUAAUAAAAAGCAGUCCGUAAGUUGCUGUUGUUUCUCAGUAUUACCCGUCGGAUCACCCAGUCAGUGCCUGAAUCGGAUAAAUAUCCAAAAUCUUGAUCUUGUAAACGUGUCUCCAUUGGUUCUAAUUUACAAUCGAUGAAUUCUUUGAACAUGUCAAAUGUUUGCCUGCAAUAUUUGGACUUUAGAAACACACAGAUGCUUCUAGAUUCUUACACACACGCGUACAUGGAGAACAUGCAGUCCUUGUAAUAAUAGAUCGUCUCUUGUGUAUUGAUCUAUCGCAGUGUUCCUUUUUGUAAGAAUUUGGACGGUUGAAGAUUUGUAAAUGUACCAAUUUGCGGUGUUUAUAUGUGGAAAGAAGUUGAAAAUGUUUUUAUGAGAUAGUCUGUAAUAAACUAUUGAUACAAUUGAGAAAAGGAA